AUGAACAACCAUCUGGCAGAGUUGAAUGAGGGCCAGAAUUUCUGCAGAGGAGAUUUUAUAGCCAAGAGCAUGGAGCAGGGCACACGCUUUCUAAAGCAAAGAGAUAGAAACUUUGAGCAAAACCUCGUCACCGCUCGGACACACUUUGCAUUUGCAAGAGGCGUUUUAGGAAGGUCACCAAAUCCAGAUCCGGCAGGCUUCACACAAGUUUACUAUCAACUCAUGAACGUCGAAAUGGAAAUGAGCUAUCAUCGGGCCAUGAGUGCAGAAGAUAAGAUGUCGCACCUGAAGGCUGCUGAAUGCUAUGGGGUCGAGGCUUCUUCUUGGGCCCGUAAUGGAGGUACUGCGGGAUGUGUGACGCAAGUGAUGCUCCAACAAGCUGUGUUAAAAGGCAGAAGAGCAGAGGUUGAUGUUAGGCUGGGUUUGAGUCCUCAGGAGGCCCGCCGGCAGAAGGAUGAAGCCAUUGCAGCGAUCACAGGGGCGCUGCAAGCGCUGCAGUUUUUUAAAAGACCGAACCUCGCAGAGACUACCGUCUGGGCUAUGAAUUGGCGAAAUCGUUUUGAGCUUUCCAAUCAGCGAGUGUAA